AAGUAAGUAUCUCGAUCAACAACAACAACAACUAACACUCUUUCAUUUGUUCCACUUUGGUGUGGUUGUGAAAGGUGAACAUGAUGAAAGCUUUAACAAAGAGAAACGGUGAUCAUCAAGCAUUACAUGUUUGAUAUGAUCCAAUUUCUAUCGCUACGUUCUUUCUGACUCACCUUUCCCAUACCACUCAAUCUCUCUCUGUAAUUUACUUAUUUAAUUUAAAUAAUUGAAUAAUUUUACGACACAAAAUCACAAACGAACAUUUUUUUAAUGUGAGUUGUAAUGGUUAAUUUGUUAGUUUUUUCUGCCAAAGAAAAAUAUGUUAAUGUGUUACUUCGAUGCUUUUUUUAUCGAUCAAUAAUAAUGGUUAAUUAUUAGUUUUUUUUUGUUAAUAGGAGAUAGAAUGGAUGAUUUUUUUUCAUUUGUUUCUCUUUUAAUCAUUUAAUUCACAUUAUAUUUCCGUGUAAAUUCGGUAUUGUUGCAAGGCCGAAUUAGGGAUGGGCCGGAUAUGGGCCACGGCGGAGGAUUUGGGUCGCAACAGGGCCCGGGUGCUAUCGCUGUACCGACAAAUACUGCAGGGACUGAACUCGCCGGAGUUGCGGCUGGGCUUCUCGGCGAGGCUGGCGAAGAAGGCGGAGCUGCGUGCAAUGUUCUGGGUGGGUUCUGAUGAACGCUCAUUGCACGACAUUGCGGAUCUCAUUGAUGUUGUAGAGUAUUCUCUCUUCUUUUUCAGAAAAUGACAACUCCCUCCUGGUUACAUCAACUGAUCAAUGUUAUUUUUCGAUGUAGAUACAUUUUUAUGCUUUUUUUUUUCUUCUUCAAUGUAGAUACAUAUGUAUGGUGAGUCACUUGUGGCUGGUGUUAAAUAUUUAAUAUAAAUAAGAGCACAGUGUAUAUUUUUUGCAUUUAUCAAUCAAUUAAUAUGAUUUCUUAUGAAAUUGUAUCUAUGCUCUA